AUGCCAUCCUCUUCAAGGACGAUACUCGAGACUCUCAUUGCGCCGAGCCCGUUUUCCAGACCCGUCAAAGAGCAUCUACACUCCACCCGGACCGAAGAAGCGAAGAAGCUUAUUCAUCAGUUAUUGCGGUUCGCCGUGUGCCGCAAAGACAAGAAGAAUCUCGUUUGCGAGGGGAGUCCCCGUACACCAAGAAAAGAAGAACCAAAAGCCAUGGAUCAUCGAUUCUUCAAGCGGUGGCUCUGGCGUUCGACACCAAAAAAAGCAUCACACACAUUUCGAGUUCACACGAAGCUCAACUCAGAAGAAGCGCUCCGCAGGUUCCUCAAGAUUCGAGACAGCCUUCAAAUGACCAAGCAGGAAAUCGUCGACAUCUGCCGAAUGCUAGAAGAAGAUGGCCAACUGCAAACUGCCUUGUUCAAGGCGGACACUGAGCUCCUCGUCACCAUCCUGGCGGUACGGACUUACAAAGUUGGGGAGAGGGAGUAUAUCGGGGCGGCAGUGCUUGCUUUGGAGGCUUUGAUGUUGCGAACAAGGGCGCUGUUUCUGAAGGCACACCCAGCCGUCUGCAGCUAUCGAGGCUCAACGCCGAGCGAACUCCAUUUCCUGGCGAGGACGCUGGCCCAGGAGAUCCACCAGAGCAUCAAAGGCUUAGCUAGUAUGCGCGAGACGGUGCGGAACGAGGUUUAUCCUGAUGAUGUGGCGACCGCUGAGGUCCAGACCAACUGGAGAGCAUGGAUUUGCCAAUUGUACGGGCGAGGAAGCAAUAGCGGCAGAGGGAGGAAGGCGGAGAGUGGCAACAGCGUCCACCGGGCGAAAGAACAUCAUGAGAGGGAGCACCUGUUUACACGAAACGGGUGGGAGCACAAUGGAGGGCGUUGUCGGUGUUUGGACUAUGAAUAA